CCUUUCUUUUUUAUCUCUUGGCUCUUUCUUUUCCUUUUCUCCACUUCUCUUCAUUUUCUUUCUAUUCAAACAUGACCUCCUUAUCCAUAACAACAACUGCAACAACCCCUUUCGCUUUCCCCUACCAUUGUUUCUUUGAUAAACACUAUUUCCUCAUUACUAAAAGAAUUCAAUUAAAGCUUUCCAGAGGAGGUACUAUUGAAUCAAACAAAUUCUCAGGUAAAUCGGGUUCGAACAAGUUAUUCGUUGCUUCGUCUUGUUUAACGAAGAUUCAAACACCUGUGGAAACUACGUAUAAACAAGGAGUUUCCCACAAGGUUCAGUUUUUGGUUUCGGAAUUCAGGUCUUUAACGGAACCAAUCGAUCGCGUGAAACGGCUGUUAUAUUAUGCAGAGAUGCUCGCUCCGUUUGACGAGUCGAAUCGGCUGCCUGAGAAUCGAGUCAAGGGUUGCACCACCCAGGUGUGGCUCGAUGCCGGGAUAGACAAAAAAGGGAAGGUUUGGUUUCGAGCUGACAGUGAUUCAGAGAUAAGUAAAGGUUUUUGUUCGUGUCUAAUAUGGGUGAUGGACGGUGCCGAUCCUGAAGAGGUUGUCGGGGUGACAGCUGAGGAAUUGGUGGAGCUGAACGUCGGAGUCCAUGGGAAGGUCCAAUCUAGAGUGAAUACAUGGCAAAAUGUGCUGAUUAGUAUGCGAGAUAAAGCGGCGGCGCUGGUGGCGGAAAGGCACAUGAAAUGAACUCAUCAGCUGAGGGUCUGAGGACGCCGCCAUUUUCUUCAUUGCUUGUCAGCUCUGAUGGAAUUUAGACAGGACAUUUAGAUUUUCUUUGGUUUCCCCCGUCUUUGGUAAUUUCAGGAUGGUUAUACGAAAUUAAAGUAGUUUUUACUCUAUGAUUUUUGUAGAUAAA